CGAAACAUUAAAGGAGUGAACAAGGAAAUGGAAUGACUGUUGUGUAAAGUAAGGUAGUGAUUUUCUGGAUCAAAGAAUCUAUGCUAAAUAUGGAAUUAAAGAUUUUAAAACAUUUCAAAGGUAAAAGAUGCUUCACAAUUUUCAUAGUUUUGAUAUUCCUGUUUAUUCAUAUUGUGCUUUUUCUAUGGACUACCCUGCUGGAUCCUACAAACUGUUCAAAUCUGGAAGCAACGCAGAAACAUACCCAUAAACAGGGGAUUUUAGAUUGUUUAGUAAACGGCACAUGGACACCAAUUGAAGAAAUCACAAUAAAUGAUAAAGAAAAAUUACAGGAGUUUUUACAUGCGGCUCAAACAGAGCACAAAAUACCAAUGAAACAACGUGCCGAUAAUAGAUGUGGGAAUGUCUCUGUUAACGACCAAUCAGAUUUCAGGGCACUAUGCGACCCCGGCAGCUCUACACCAUGUUGUCAUAGCAACAGAUGUGUUGACAAAGUGCCUGAAAAAUGUACAUGUGACGAUUGUUUUGAUAUCCGUCAGAAACAACAUGCGGAAUUUUUGACAUGGCAACCAAGAAACAAAAACUGCCUUAUAAGGAAAUAUCACCAGAAGGAUGCGUGUAAAGUCUUGAAUGAUCUCAAAAUCGGACAAAUCUCCAUAAUUGGAGAUUCGCUUCAAAGAAACCUCUACUCAGUCUUGAUGAUGGUCCUGUCAGGAAACGACAAAUAUGCCGUAACCAGAUCGGAUCUACCUCAAGAAAUCAAAGAGAGAUGCGCCGGGAUGAUGCACUUCUCCGACCAUCCGUGUAAUACAAUAUAUCUACGCAGCAGUGGACUCGUGUGUAACAAUACAGUGCAACUUAACUACAACUGUGUCCAUGAAGUGUCGAUUAUCUCGCUGACAAUAUGGCAGAUUUUCAAAAUGUGGUGGACGCAGAGCUAUUAUGGUCGAAGCCUAAUGAUCCUCAGCAUUGGUAUGCACGAGAACUUCGAUUACAAAACCGUAAUCUCUCAUUACAUCAAUCCAAUCAAAAACAUUCUAAACCUCUUUUCAGCUUCUUAUUGGUCAGAAGUAUUAUGGGUAACGCCGCACUCACCCGGCAUCCUAAAACCGCCAAAAUUUAAAAGCCAACAAAAGGACCCAGUGUUAAGGUAUAUAGCAUCUACAGGAAAGAUCUUAGAUGCUUCUGGGAUAACUGUGUUGAACACGCAGGACCUCACAGAGUCGGUGUUUAGCUGGGAUGGCACCCAUUAUGGCGUAGGCCUCAAUGAAAUGUUGCUCAAUAUUGUGUUCAGUUACUUGGAGAAAAU